AUGCGUUUCAAUAACAGCCUCCUCUUGCUCGCCUCCUUCGGCACCGCAAUCGCUUUCCGUCGAAGUUGCAGGCCCGACAACACUAACGCCGUCACCGGCGCCGGCUUUUAUACUAUGGCAGAAGGCGACACCUGGCUUAAUAUCGCGGCCGACUUCUGCACCACCCUACCAGAGCUGCAAAGGAUGAACCCUAGCAACCCUUCUAAACCAGGAGACAUCUUCAGACUUGCUUGCAAAUCUCGAAAGCGCGACUGCGCUAGGGUACCGGGCUAUGAGGCUGGGUACUAUACGAUCGCCGAGGGUGACGAGUUAUCACUUAUUGCGCAAGAUUUUUGCACAGAUGCCAAUGUUUUGGUGGGGGGAAAUAUCGGCGUUGAUUUGACAAAACCACUCGUCCCUGGCACGACUAUCUAUGUUCCUUGCAAUUGGAACUAG